CUCUUUCGCUCAGUUUCUUUACUUUUGUUUAAUCUCAAUAUGGAGGAUGAUGAUCUACAGAGACCCUAUUCUGUUUGCACCAGAGAUUAUCUUAAAGAGAAGAUGAAUAAACAGAUCAAUGAUAUCUCCGAGAUUUUCUGCGUUUCCAACUCCGACGCGACUGUACUACUCAUGAAACUCCGGUGGAACUCGCAGCUUCUUUCAGAGCGUUUGUGCCAAGAAAACAAGAAACUGUUGUCUGAGUCAGGUUUGAAACCAGUUGUUACUGACACCAAAAAAGAUUUAUCAGAUUCUUCUUGUGAUGAGUUUUAUGAGUUCUUUGAUGACGUCAAUGAUGAUGAUGAUGUUAAGACCUCCACACCCUUUUGUUCUCACAAGUUCUCCACUACUUAUUGGAGUAAGUAUCUUGAGAAGAACUUCUUCUCCGUGAAGAAAACCCUAGCUACAAUCUCUUGUCCUCACCAAGACUGUGGAGCUGCAGUGGGGCGUGACACGAUCGAGAAGCUAACGGUGAAGGAUAAAGAUAGGUACGAUGAGUAUAUUCUGAGAUCUUACCUCGGGAAACGCAAGAGACAGAUCAAACAGUGUCCUGCACAAGGUUGCAGUUACUUCAUUGAGUUUCCUCGGAGUGUUGAUGCUGAAGAGUAUGGUUUGAACGUUGUGUGUCUAUGCGGUCAUACCUUCUGUUGGAGAUGCAGACUCGAGUCACACGGACCUGUGACGUGCAAGAACGCCUCUGACUGGCUGUCUAGAGACUUGGAGAAGUUGUCCAAGUCACUGAGCGUUUCCUGGAUCGAAGCCAACAGGAAGCCUUGCCCUCACUGCCUAUCUCCUGUGGAGAUUGGUCUUGGUUCACUAGACUCCAAGUUCGAGUCUUGUGCCUACUGCAGUGGUAGCUUCUGUUGGGAGUGUAUGCAGUCAGAAGAAUCCCACAAAACGGAAUCAGGAUCUUAUGAUGGAGACUGUCUUGAAUCGGAAACGGAGGAGGAUCCACCAGAAGUGGAUACUUCGUGUUUGGAUCGCUGGGAGGCUAGUGAGGUCUCAUUGGUGGAAGCUAAAUCCGAGCUCCAAGCUUUCGAGGAAUCCAACAGCACGAAAGAAGAAGAAUACGUUAAGGUUACGAGAGAAGGACUGAUGCUGAUUGUUCAGUGCAGACAGUUCCUAAAAUGGAGCUGUGUGUAUGAACACAUCCACCUAGAGCACGAGGCCUCGAAGAAGGAGUUUCUGAGAUUCCUACAAGACUAUGCAAGCACACUAGUCCAGAGUUUCUCAGAGACUUUGAAGGAGGAAACAAGAAAGGCCUUGUCUGAACCUACUAGUUUCGAGGAGGUUACUUGCUACAGGGGAAAUAUAUCAGCCGUGACAAGCAGCAUUGGUAACUACUUCUAUAACUUCUCCAAGGCUCUACGAGAUGGUUUGGACGUUGUGGAGGUGAAGCACUAUGACGACUUUUCUCCUUGCUGGCUAUGUGACCGGUGCACCUAUGCGAACACCUGGCUCCAUAAGGCGUGUCAGAUGUGCUGUGAUGAAUCUGCUGUGGAGAAGCCAAAGUGAUUCGUUUAUUAGGAAAAAUGUUUUUAUUUUGCUCUGUUAAUUUCUUGAGACUAGUUCUCGUCAUGCCCUUAUAAAACCAAUGUUUUUCAUCUCGUUAGUUCACACCACCUUGACGUUUUUAAGGGUUUACCAA